ACGGCAUCCCCAGGCCCACGGCUCGCAGUGUCAGGCAUCAGUAUGACUUCUUCACUCUGGACGUGACCUUGAAGGAGGGCAGGAGACUCGCUAUCAGGGACAAAUGUGGAACCAGCGACCCUUAUGUGAAGUUCAAGUACGACGGGAAGCAGGUGUACAAGAGCAGGAUCGUGUACAAGAACUUGAACCCUCGGUGGGACGAGAGCUUCUCGCUGCCCGUGGACGACGUGACCCGGCCGCUCGUGGUGAAAGUGUUCGACUACGACAGGGGGCUGCAGGAUGACCCCAUGGGUCAUGCCUACAUCGACCUGGCCGCACUCAUCAUUCACAGGAAAGAAGAGUUUAAAGUAGAGCUAGAGGAUCCACACGUGGCAGAAGACCUGGGCUACCUUCUCCUGGACCUCACUCUGGUGCCAAAAACUAGUGAUGAGAAGGAAGAGUACCUAGCCAAGCGUAACCGGCUCGUUGAGACCCAGCGCAGUAUGAAGGCCCAGAUCUGGAGCAGCGUUGUCAGCCUGGUGCUGAUUGAAGGGAAGGGUUUGCUGCCGAUGGACGACAACGGACUCAGCGACCCGUACUGCAAGUUCAGGCUCGGGAAUGAGAAAUACAAAAGCAAGGUCGCAGCAAAAACGCUUGACCCGCGGUGGUUGGAGCAGUUUGACCUUCACAUGUACGACGACCAGACCAGUGUCCUUGAGAUCUCCGUUUGGGACAAGGACGUCGGCAGCAAGGACGACUUCAUGGGAAGAUGCCAAGUGGACCUGUCGGAGCUGAAGCGAGAAGAGACGCAUCACAUCGAGAAGGAGCUGGAGGACGGGGCGGGUUCCGUGUCCUUCCUGCUCACCAUUACAGGUAGUGCAGGCAACGAGACCAUCACAGAUCUGGCCAACUACAUGCCUGAUCCCAGGGAGAGGCUAGAAGUCCAGAGGAGAUAUUCUUUACUCAGGUCUCUCAGGAACUUGAGUGACGUAGGACUGUUGCAGGUCAAAGUCAUCAAGGCCACAGGUCUGCUGGCGGCAGAUUUCGGCGGGAAAAGUGACCCGUUCUGUGUGCUGGAGCUGACCAACGCCAGACUACAGACUCAAACUAUCUACAAAACUCUCAACCCCGAGUGGGGGAAGGUCUUCACAUUCCAAGUAAAAGACAUCCACUCCAUCCUGGAGGUGAGUGUUUACGACGAGGACAGGAACAAGUCAGCAGAGUUCCUGGGCAAGGUCGCCAUUCCACUUCUCAGAAUUAAGAAUGGAGAGAGGAAAGCGUUCUACCUGAAGGACAAGAAGCUGAGGAGAAGAACAAAGGGGUCCAUCGUGCUGGAGAUGGAGGUUAUCUACAACUCUAUCAAGGCCAGCUGGAGGACGUUUAACCCAAAGGAGGUGAAAUAUCUGCAGAUGGAGCAGAAGUUCAAACGACAGAUCCUGGUACGUAACCUGCAGAGAGUGAGCCGGCUGGUGAUGGCUGUGGUGAACACCGGCAGGUUCGUCAAGAGCUGCUUCGAGUGGGAGUCAAAAACUCGCAGCAUCACGGCUUUUAUUAUGUAUGUCCUGAUGGUGUGGAACUUUGAGCUGUACAUGUUGCCGCUGGUCCUGCUUAGCAUCUUCUUCAAGUACUACAUCGUUCGCUCCGUCAUGGAGGGCAGGACAGACCAACAGGAGGAGGCAGAGGAGGAGGAGCAAGAUGAGGAUGAGGAUGAUGAGGAGAGGGGGAAGGAGAAAAGUAAGAGUUUUAAAGAGAAACUUCAGGCGAUCCAGGAUGUUUGUCAGACGGUUCAGAACGGGCUGGACGAUGUGGCAAGUCUGGGCGAGAGUGUCAAAAAUGCGUUUAACUGGACGGUUCCGUUCCUGUCGUGGCUGGCUGUCAUCACGCUGGCCAUCGCCACCGUCGUUCUGUACUUCAUCCCUCUCAGAUACCUAGUCCUGGUCUGGGGUAUCAACAAGUUUACAAAGAAGCUGCGGAACCCGAACGCCAUUCCCAACAACGAGCUCGUCGACUUCCUGUCCAGGGUGCCGUCAGACGAGGAACUGAUCGAGUAUAAGGAGUUGAAGUCUGAAGACACCCAACAACUUUCCCCCAAGAAGAAAAAGACCAGCUGAUGAGUCUUUAAGAUGUCCGUUGAGAGCUUCUCUGCCAACUUGCACUGCUGCACGGUUUCCACGCCGCACAGUCGCUACACCAUCGCUACACCAUCGUUACAUCAGUCGCUACAUGCACCUGUAUGUGGCUACACCAGUCGCUACACCAGAUGCUACACCUGUCAAUUCACCAGUUGUUACACCUGUAUGUGGCUACACCAGUCGCAACACCGUCGUUACACCAGUCGCUACACCAUUGUUACAUCAGUCGCUACACCUGUAUGUGGCUACACCAGUCACUACACCAGAUGUUACACCUGUCAAUUCACCAGUUGUUACACCUGUGGCAACACCAGUCGCUACAUCUGUGGCUACACCAUGCCAGUUGCUACACCUGUGUCACAAACUAACUGUUUCACUCCAGCUAAACACACCACUGACAUCACACUGCCACUCUGGCUAAACACCUGAUGGUGUUGGCCUGUACAAUAUUCAUCUUGUAGCAGAGCAUUCUUUUGGAAGAAUGCCUGUUUUGUAACUGUUUUCUUUGUCUGACACAUUUUGAUGAAGGUUAGACAUCCUGGUAAUGAGAUACACACAAGAAAACAGCUACUCAAACAACUCUUGCAACAGUUGCUUGUGUCACUGUUUUCUUGCGUUCUGCAUCGAAACAAACUUUGCAUGCCAAACCAGCAUGUCUGUAGUCCAACUGCGUGCUAGACUGAGUUUUAUCCAUAGGCUAACUGCCUAUACAAAUGUAUGUAGCACAUUAUGUAGCACAUUAUGUAGCACAUAUGUAGCACAUUAUGUAGCACAUAUGUAGCACAUUAUGUAGCACAUUAUGUAGCACAUUAUGUAGCACAUAUGUAGCACAUUAUGUAGCACAUUAUGUAGCCCAUAUGUAGCACAUAUGUAGCACAUUAUGUAGCACAUAUGUAGCCCAUAUGUAGCACAUAUGUAGCCCAUAUGUAGCACAUAUGUAGCACAUAUGUAGCACAUAUGUAGCACAUAUGUAGCCCACUAGUCUGUGUAUUUGGCUUUACUGCAGUAAAAGUAACCCACUCUGUAAGUGCAGCAGUACAGGGUGGCCAGGAUUGUUGCCGUUUGACAUAAAAUAGAUAAAGUCUCUGUACAAACGACUUCUCAAAUUUGUGAACUGUUUCAGAAUUGAUUAUAUUGACCAGACAUGAUUUUACGGCUAGGUUAUAUAUUAAGUCUUACUAUGAAAAAGCAAUACGUGGCACCUAUCACAUAACCACAGUAACUGUGGACUGCAUUGUUAUAGUUAGUAGUGCAGCUAUUUUGUAGGUAAGCUUGUUGUUGUCUGUGUCUAGAUCUUAUUUAUUUUCAGUCCCGUUGAAGCAUUUUGUGUGUAGGAAGAUGAGAAGUAUUUUAAGUGGUCUAAAAACGAAGGUUUGAGAUUAUUUGUGCCAGCUCUACUUCAAACACUUG